AACAAUAUAUAGUGAUCAAUAGUAAUUGAUAGCAAUGACAUUUGAUAAACGUUGGUGCGCGCUAUGAUCCAAACACGGACUGAAAUCGACGAACUUUCGCGGUUACAGCCACUGUUCUGAUUCGUAGCUGCGUGUAAUCACACGUUGAACAUCUCGCAAAGCUUCUGCGUCCCUUUAAACGAGAUUACACAAUGCUGAAGUACAUUUUUCCCGUUGCAAUAUUUAUCCUAAUCUGUUUGUCACAGUCCGAGGCGCAGUACGAUGACAAAAGAUGCAAAUGUAUCUGUCCGAGUCUCUCGUCCGUUACAAACACCACGCAAUCUACGGAACGUCUCACGUACAUUAUAAACGUUCCACCAGCGCAAUGCAAAUGCGAAAGUGUUGUUCUGCCAAAAGUUGGAGACCAGAUAAAAGGCAAGGAAGAAAAGUUCUGUUCGCGAUGUGAAUGCAAGUAUGAAAAUAGGAACACAACUAUUAUUAAGAUUGUGGUGAUAAUAGUUAUAUGGGUUAUAUCGUUGUUAGUAAUUUAUAUGUUGUUCUUGAUUUGUUUGGAUCCUUUACUUAACAAGCGAAUACAUAACGCUUCAGCAAAUAUUGGUUAUCACGAGCAUAAUAACGAAGAGGACGAUUCGUCUCUCGCACCUGGAACAUCUCAUCCGAUGGGAGAAAGAGGCAAUGUUCUGAAUAGAGUCGGACAUCAACAAGAUAAGUGGAAACGGCAAGUUCGCGAGCAAAGGCGGAAUAUUUAUGAUCGUCAUACUAUGUUGAAUUAAAUUAAAUGACACAUUAAAUUACACAUUCUCAUUUGAGAAAAAUAAAACUCUGUAGAAUAUAAGUGAUAACGCAAUUCUUUCUUACAGCUGUGUCGAUUUAUUUAAUUCUUAAGUAUUAAAUAACUAAAUUAUAUUCUGAUGACUUUUAAAAAAAUAAAUGGUAAAAGAGA